AUGGAGCACGUUUUGCAUGAACUCUUGCCUCGAGGGGAGGACAAUGGAUAUUCCCGCGGCCGGCGAGCUCUGGUCGUCACGGCCGUGUUGACGAGUAUUGCUGCGCUCAUUGUUGGCAUGCGCUUAUUCGCUCGCCUCGGUUUAAUGAAAGUCAACGGACGUGAAGACUGGGCAAUUUUGGUCUCUCUGACUUUCUCCAUUAUAUACCUUUCCCUCGUCGGUGCUCAAUUUUAUUUUGGAAUGGGCAUUCACUCAGAUCAGCUGUCGACUGCCACAUUACAGUCCCAACUGAAGUGUCUUUGGGCGGCUAUCCCCAUGUACAACGCUAGCCUGGCAUUCACCAAGUUCUCCAUUCUUUUUCAAUAUCUUCGUAUCUUCCCCGCACGCUCUUUCCGACUCGCAUGCUACGUCAUGAUGGCUGUUGUCGCAACCUAUUCAUCCUGGGCCAUCGUUACCGGCUACGUAAACUGCGUGCCAGUGGCCAAGUUCUGGAAUCAUGAUUUGCCCGGUGGCUGCCUCAGCUUCGAGGCAGUAUGGUUCUUCAAUGCAUCGAUGAACAUCGCAACAGAUGUGACACUGCUGCUGAUGCCAAUGCCAUUGCUUAUCAAGCUGCAAUUGCCGAAAAUGCAAAAGCUUGCCUUGGUAGGCGUUUUCGCGAUGGGUAUCCUUGUUGUGAUCACGAGUAUCCUGCGUCUAUCAAGUCUCCGCAUUGUCGCUAAAAGCGCAGACACAUCUUACAGUAACGUCGACGCUGCGUAUUGGACCGCAGCAGAGUGCAAUGUGGCCAUUAUCUGCGCCUGUCUGCCCUUCCUCCGACCCAUCGUCAGCUGCAUCUUCCCCAAACUUCUUUCCACCAACAGUUACAAUCGAUACACUACGAAUCCCGGGCGUAGCACUGCCCGCAACAUCACCGCUGCUCGCUCACCACAGGUCGAAUUGUUCAGCCAGAACAUGGACAAAGAUUUCGAUAUGUAUUCGAUCAAUGUCAAGCCAGGUGAUCGGUCCAGUCGGAGCACCUUUGGUGGCAUUGAAGUCACAACGGAAAUGACCGUCAUGCAAGAGACCAAGCAUGAUGAGACUGUCAGCGAGCGGCGUCUCGUGAUGGACCAUUCAUGA